AUGACCAAAGAGGUUGUGUUCACUCUUGACGCCGUCCCUCCCCUCACUACGUUCUCUCAGGCCAUCAUAUCUAAAGGAUUUGUAUAUGUCUCGGGCAACAUUGGAUGUACGAGCGAUUUCAUGAUCGUUGAGGGUGGAGUGCAGGGGCAAACAAUUGCUGCCCUUGAAAAUAUGCGCAAGGUUCUCGAAGCUGCAGGAUCGGGACUACAACACGUUGUGAAAGCGAACGUCUAUCUUACAAAUUUGGCGAGAGAUUUUUCUGAAAUGAACAGUGUGUACGUGAGGUUCUUCGAGGAAAACGCGAUGCCUGCGAGGACUUGUAUCGGUGUAGCUUCUCUUCCGCUGGGCGCAAGCGUUGAGAUCGAGUGUGUGGCAGAACUUCCAGACGCUUGA